AUGGAGUAUGUGCUCAAGGCCAAUCCGCAAGCGGGCAAUCUCCUGAGCCUGUCAGAGUUUGCCUUCGUGCUGCUUCAAAGCCUUCCAAGCCGGCUAGAGACCAAAGACGCGGGAUUGCGGCUGAUACCGCUGAAAAUGCCCCUCUCCAGUCACGCACAGCAUGCUGCCCUUUGGGUGUCGAUGUCCGUGCUGGCGAAUGUCGCCUUUGGUUUCAACAUAUCGGUUCCCAUUCACACCCUCUUUCGCUCCUGCAACGUGAUUGCCUCCGUGCUGCUGGGGUACGCCCUCUUUCGGCAGCGCUACACCCUGAAGCAGCUGGUCUGCGUCGUGAUAAUCACUGUUGGCAUCUUCCUGGGCAGCGUGGGCGAUGCCAAGCAGUUUUUCGGGUGCACGGACUGCGGUGGCCAAGGGGCAGGCACACCUGCGUCGACUGACGACACGGGUUUCGUGAGGUGGACCUUUGGCAUCGCGCUGCUGGUUUUCGUGCAGCUCUUGCAAGGCUUCCUGGGCCACACGCAGGCCUAUCUCUACAGGCUACACUGCCUCCGCGGGACCAAAGGUGAACUGGCGGAGGAGUUUCUCUUUACCUCACACGUGGUCAGCUUUCUGCCCUUUGUUUUCCUCUGGUCGGACGUGCUGGCUGCCGGGAGGCUUGCCUGGAGCUCGCCCCCUGUGGUGGACUGGCUGCCGAUCCCAUCCCAGCUAUUGUAUUUCUUGGCCAACAACCUGUGCCAGCUGGUGUGCAUAAAAGGGGUGUUUCGCCUCUCUGCCCACUUCAGCCCACUGACUGUGAACAUCACCUUGUCAGUGAGGAAGUUCCUCUCCGUGAUCGUAUCUAUCCUGUGGUUUGGGAACCCUUGGACGGUGCUGCACAGCGUCGCGACCGUUGCCAUCUUCGGGGGCGUCUUCGCCUACUCGCAAUGCCCGGCGCCGGCAGCUGUGAAAUCGUCAGAGGACGACAAGAAGCAGCAGUGA